AUGCUUUGGUAUUUGAACAACAAGAAAUCUGAUCCCUCUCUGCCUGAUCCGGCAGGACAGUUCGCCUGGCUGGAGACUACACUGUUGCGGGCUCGUGAAUCCAAUACAAAGGUAUUAUUCAAUGUUAUGUAAAAUGCCUACUGAGAUCAAUUUAGUAGUGGCAGUUUUAACACAUUUCUAAAACUCCAGGUGCUUCUUAUAUGCCAUUUCCCACCCGGUGCCACUGAGAACAGCCCUGCAAAGUACAGACAUUUCUUCGACAACUACAAUGAACGAUUCCUUAAUCUGCUGCGGAGGAACGCAGACAUACUCAUCGGUGGUCUGUUUGCCCACCAACACACUGACACCUUCCGUGUAUUAAAAAAACAGGGUAAGUCUCUGAUUUAAUCCGCUCUUGAUCCUCCUUUGUGUGCCUUACGUCUAACUGAGGGGACUUAUGCAGCAACUUACAUUAACUGCAGAACUCUUUGUAUCUUGGUUUUGUCCCGCGAGUCUUAAACCUUUGAAGAAACGAGCGAUGGAGGCAACAGAGUUUAGUGACUACUGCGUGCGUAGGUGGUCUGUGACGGCGGUAAUUAAUCCCUGUCGCGUACGAAAGGAGCAGUUGUUGAUUAACCAUUUUCGAAUUUACUUUUACUGGCGACAUCUAAAUAGGAAUCCAGAAUACUACCCUAUAUUAGUAUUUCAUGCGAUCGCUCAUCGUGCGGGAAUGUUUGAAGUAGUCCUUCCCGCACCUUCAGUGAAGGCUCGCUGCAAAAUCCGCGGGUCUGAAAGGAAGCCAUUUACGCACCAUUAAGUGGCAAGGCCUUCAAACAAGCCUGAACAUCGAUCUGAACAUGCCCUAUGCCGUCGUAUAUGAAGAGGCGAGUUUCAGGAGACAGUUGGGGACAGCUCGACUGGAUUGCGAGAACAAGACUCGCUCGGCUGAGAUUACCGAUUCAUGCUCGAACCCGUUACAGGUAAGAGUAAUGAACGCACCAGCUUUUCCCAUAAGGGGGUGAACCACUCAGAUAUAACAUGCUCGAGAGUGGUCAUAGAGGCCACAUUAAGAAGGAGACUUUCAUCAUGAUUCACAGUUCUCCCGUCGACAAUUCCACAGGGCCGACUGCGAGGUCUGGCUUGUAUCGUCAGCUGGCAACCUUCCAAAGGCAGGACGUUUAAUUGGUCGUGAUGAACCCGAGUGCCUCUACCGCACUUAACAGAAUCCGGGUUCAUAUUGACCCAACUGUGAAAAACUCGGCACCUCGGUGGGAUUCUAACCCACGCAGUAAGGGGAAGGCUUUAGUACAGCCAACGCUCUAACCACUUGGGCUACGAGGCCCCGCCGGACGACGCGAGUGUAGUCACAUUUGGGUCAAGUUACCCGUCCAACCUACUGCAACGUCUGGAAUCCACCAAAUCUGAUACAGUAAGUUGACUGCCCAGGCAGGAUUUCCUUACUACUUCACCUAGAAUCCAUCAUAUGACUACCAGGCUUACGUAAUCCGGGUUGUUAAUUUCAGUGAUCUGGGUGACCUACGUAAUAAUCACUCGACUAUUUGGCACAUCGGCACCAUCAUUGGUGCCAAUGUUCACUCGCUAGCUGCCCUGCCCAAACAAACGCCGACUCCGAAUUAGGAGGGGGGUGUGCUCGUUGCUUAGGUCGGAGAGCCGUGACCGAAGUAGCUCAAGACUCAUGCAGUUGUCAGCUCUUGGCCCCGUGGGACUUAACGUUGUGACCGGGCCCCGCUGAUUUAGCUGCGACUCCGAAAGCAGUGUCAUUCCGGCCCCUCGCUGAUGCGUGUUCAGGCAUCCACCCCCGAAGUGCUCUUCCUGUGUCUUCGUCAUAGUCGCUUUAUUCGGUGAAUGACCUUACAAUUUUUUUGCCAUGACAACAGGCCCAUCAGUUUCAUAUAAUAUUUACAUGCCAAUAAUACCCCUCCUUGUACGCAUAUGGUAGCAAAACACGUCUUCCUCAUAUUUGAUACUAGCGGAAUGUGCGUUAACUUAGAGCUAGAAUGUGAUCUUAAUAGGCCACAGUAGUAAAUAAUAACUUGCCAGCAUAAGUGAAGAAGAAGGAUGGUCGAGCCCCGGAGCAGUCUGUUUGUUGUCCUGAGCCUUCGAACUCGUACAGGGGUCCAUCAUCAGAGAUAGUAGCGAUAACAGAACGCACGGCAAUUAUAGAGGGUGCUAGUCAAUCAUCGACCGACGGCACAGGACUGGAGGUGACCGCGCAGGGCUCUGUACGCAGACGCCAGAUCGAUAAAUCGGUUGACUGAGUUCUCAUCCGAGGCUCCGUCUUCGGAGUCAGUGCGCGGCUGAUUGGGCAUUUGCGUCGCCUUUCUGCCCCAUUAGCAAAAAAGUAAAGGUUUCUGCGACAACUUACUUGCAAUCCCUUGCUAUUUGUCUGGAUUCUUUCGUGGCGUAUACGGUCCUUCCGGGCUAUGCUCCAGUGCGUUCACACGCUGUCCGCUUCCGCUGUUGCUUUUUCAAGGUCAACUUGUCCCACUGAACUCCUGUUAUCUUCUUUUUGGUUAGAUGAACCGGUUCUUCCCCUCCUCUUCGGCCCCUCGAUUUCGCCCUGGCGCCUGGGCGGCCUGGGUGCUUUCAAUCCACGCGUCCGUGUCUUCGAAUAUUCUCGCAGCACUCUGCGCCUCAUGGAUUACCACCAGCUCUUUCUGAACCUCAGUGCUGCCGAGCCGACCUGGACUCGGGAGUACAGUUUUCGGGAAGAGUACCGCCUGCCCGAUGCGAGUGCUGCCUCGCUGUCUGCCCUCCUCACCGACUUCGUGCAUUCGGAAGCGAACUGGACCCGCUACUGGUCCCACCAGCUGGGCGGACUACCCCACGCUUCCGGUGAUUGCCCGACACUGGGAUCCCCGCGCCGAUGUCAACAUCUCUGCGCCAUGUUCUGCCUCUCCUACGCUGACCUUGAUCGUUGCCUCAAUGGUUGUAAAGUUGACAGUCCAUUAGUCAAGCUCCUGCCAUCGGCCUUUCCCAGGGAUGCUGGACUGGCUACUGCAGCCGGUGGGUUUGGUGACCACAUGACUGAGCAUUGGAGCCCUCUGCCGAUUACUGUCGUUGUGAUCGUGGCCUUUCUUGCCAUCCUUCUCGGCGUGGUACUACUGGUGAAUCGUGAGCUUUGUCGACGUCGGCGGCGUGAACACGCCGGUCACCUCGGCAGUCUCUUCAAUGCCAAUCAGAACGGCUACUUCGGUUGCUCCUCUGCUUCGGAGACCGGUGGGCGUGAUAUUGAUCGUUUCACCAGCCUCUCCUUGUCUCGACCCUCAAGCCUUGACGGCAGCCUCGAGGUUCAGGCAGAUGACGGAGCUCUGAUCCGAUCCGGUGGUGAUGCUGGGGGUCGUCAGACACCCUUGGACCGCUUCUCGGGUCUUGUCAAGUUCAACCGUACCCGCGGAUCCUGCGAUCAUAGCUACCAUCCGCAUGAGCCAGUCAACUCGCCACGGUCAAAGUUUGCAUCUGUCACGGCGCCUGCUUAUCCACGUCUCGCUUACAUCUCUGGAGAUGACACCUUUCGUUCCGCUGGUGCCUCCAUGCAAGGCGGUCCUGGAUCCCGUCGUCGCUCUCCUCCUGACAUCACCGACGAAUGCGGUGAGGAAGAUGAAGGCGUCGAGGAGGGAGACUACGACAACGAGGAUGAUAAUCUGGAGCUGGGUUUGGACUAUGACGCAGAGGGUGAGGAUGAAGAAGACCUCUUCUUCCGUCCGCCCGCACUUCCUGCCCCUGUAGCAGCUAACGGCAGUCGCAUGUCUAUGAACCUAAAACCCCUCAGGGGUCUAAUUUCCGACCUGCCCUCACGCUUGAAUGGUCGUUGUCUUCUCACCACCUCAACUUCAAUAGCACCGGCCCAAAGAGGCCAGUCAGCAACUUCACCGCCACUGCCGUCCACGCAAGACGAGGUCCAUGACCUGUCGGAUGCUGAGUACUAUUCCAUCCACAGCUCCCUGCAAUAUCUUCACCCCGGCGGCGGCGUCGGCGGCGCACGUGGAAGCGCGUCGCCUGAUUCGAUGAUGGCGUCGACCAUUCCCCCCUCCCAGAGCGCCUGUGGCGCCUUCCGAUGCGCACGCACAGGUGCUGCUGACACCGCAGCAGCCUGCGAUUCCUGCUCCACCGUCGACGGGGCGACGCCGUCCUCAGGCAGCCUCGGUGGUUCACUGGACUCCUCCACAUCCGCAGCCUCCAAACGUGAGCCAGCCCCCACGGGACUGUCCUCCACCAAUGGGGAGAUUAGGCGUCCGCACGCGACAUCACCAUCAACAGCUAGCACCUCCUUCAUUUCGUCUGCUCCGUCCAAUAUCUUCCCGGUCGUUGACACUGCCCCUGGCGGCGGCGGCGUUGUCGGCUCCGCAGCGGAGGCAUGA